AUGAUGCAGCUCCCAGCCUCUCUCUCCAACACUUCGUCCUACCUGGGACCGCCCCCCGAGGGCGAGGAGCUCCUGCCCCGAGCUGGCUUCAUCACCCUCUCCAUCGUCAUGGCGAUGUUUACCGUACCAGCCAUUGUGUUGAACUCCACGGUGAUAGUGGUGUCGCUGAUGAACAAGCAGCUGAGGCAACCUCUGAACUACGCCCUGGUCAACAUGGCCGUAGCUGACCUGGGGACAGCGCUGACCGGUGGGGUUCUGUCUGUGGUCAACAACGCUCUGGGGUACUUCUCCCUGGGACGGACCGGCUGUGUCAUGGAGGGAUUCUCUGUGGCUCUGUUUGGUGAGUGGCUCUCAGAACUGUCUCUGGGACAUACUUUGUAAGUUGUUUUACAUACACAUAGACAUUAAUGACAAUCACUCCUUCUCUACAAAUAUGGCCUUACUGUAAAGUGUACAUUUGAAAAUACAUGUACUGUAUUAAAAGUCUAUAAAUGCUUCAAAGAGUACGAUUGUAUUGUUCACUUAUUACAUAAUAUUUUAUAAUAUGGAACCAUUGAUUUAGUUUCAAUUGAAUUAGUUUCUUAUGGCCAUCUAGUUGAAUCAUUAUUUUGAAUCAAUCAAAAUUCUUAAUUAAUUAAUUAAAAAUAGUUAUCAUGAUGAUUCUGUCAUGCUAAUCAGUCAAUGCAAUCUUACGAGUACAUCUUCAGGCAACGCUAUCUGUAAUUACUGUACCUUUAAUUACAACAACAAUAUAAUUUGCAAACUAAACUCAGCAAAAAAAGAAACGUCCUCUCACUGUCAACUGCAUUUAUUUUCAGCAAACUUAACAUGUGUAAAUAUUUGUAUGAACAUAACAAGAUUCAACAACUACAUUUUACAUUUUAGUCAUUUAGCAGACGCUCUUAUCCAGAGCGACUUACAGUUAGUGAGUGCAUACAUUUUUCAUACUGGCCCCCCGUGGGAAUCGAACCCACAACCCUGGCGUUGCAAGCGCCAUGCGCCAUGCUCUACCAACUGAGCUACAGGAGGCCCAACUGAGACAUAAACUGAACAAGUUCCACAGACAUGUGACUAACAGAAAUUGAAUAAUGUGUCCUUGAACAAAGGGGGCGGCAAAAUCAAAAGUAACAGUCAGAAUCUGGUGUGGCCACCAGCUGCAUUAAGUACUGCAGUGCAUCUCCUCCUCAUGGACUGCACCAGAUUUGCCAGUUCUUGCUGUGAGAUGUUACCCCACUCUUCCACCAAGGCACCUGCAAGUUCCCGGACAUUUCAGGGGGGAAUGGCCCUAGCCCUCACCCUCCGAUCCAACAGGUCCCAGACGUGCUCAAUUGGAUUGAGAUCCGGGCUCUUCGCUGGCCAUGGCAGGACACUGACAUUCCUGUCUUGCAGGAAAUCACACACAGAAUGAGCAGUAUGGCUGGUGACAUUGUCAUGCUGGAGGGUCAUGUCAGGAUGAGCCUGCAGGAAGGGUACCACAUGAGGGAGGAGGAUGUCUUCCCUGUAACACACAGCGUUGAGAUUGCCUGCAAUGACAACAAGCUCAGUCCGAUGAUGCUGUGACACACCGCCCCAGACCAUGACGGACCCUCCACCUCCAAAUCGAUCCCGCUCCAGAGUACAGGCCUCGGUGUAACGCUCAUUCCUUUGACGAUAAACGCGAAUCCGACCAUCACCCCUGGUGAGACAAAACCGUGACUCGUCAGUGAAGAGCACUUUAUGCCGGUCCUGUCUGGUCCAGUGACGGUGGGUUUGUGCCCAUAGGCGACGUUGUUGCCGGUGAUGUCUGGUGAGGACCUGCCUUACAACAGGCCUACAAGCCCUCAGUCCAGCCUCUCUCAGCCUAUUGCGGACCGUCUGAGCACUGAUGGAGGGAUUGUGCAUUCCUGGUGUAACUCGGGCAGUUGUUGUUGCUAUCCUGUACCUGUCCCGCAGGUGUGAUGUUUGGAUGUACCGAUCCUGUGCAGGUGUUGUUACACGUGGUCUGCCACUGCGAGGACGAUCAGCUGUCCGUCCUGUCUCCCUGUAGCGCUGUCUUAGGCAUCUCACAGUACGGACAUUGCAAUUUAUUGCCCUGGCCACAUCUGCAGUCCUCAUGCCUCCUUGCAGCAUGCCUAAGGCAUGUUCACGCAGAUGAGCAGGGACCCUGGGUAUCUUACUUUUGGUGUUUUUCAGAGUCAGUAGAAAGGCCUCUUUAUUGUCCUAAGUUUUCAUAACUGUGACCUUAAUUGCCUACUGUCUGUAAGCUGUUAGUGUCUUAACGACCGUUCCACAGGUGCAUGUUCAUUAAUUGUUUAUGGUUCAUUGAACAAGCAUGGGAAACAGAGUUUAAACCCUUUACAAUGAAGAUCUGUGAAGUUAUUUGGAUUUUUAAGAAUUACCUUUGAAAGACAGGGUCCUGAAAAAGGGACGUUUCUUUUUUUGCUGAGUUUAGCUUUACGAUGAGGCUCUGUGGAGCACUGUAUGACUGCUGUACUGUACUGUCUGGCUGGUGUGUACUGCAGGUAUCACAUCACUGUGCACGGUAGCUCUGAUUGCCAUAGAGAGAAUGUUUGUGGUGAGCAAGCCACUAGGACCAAUCUCCUUCCAGACCAAGCAUGCGGUUGGGGGUGUGGCCUUGUCAUGGGUGUGGUCUCUCAUCUGGAACAUCCCGCCCCUAUUCGGCUGGGGAAGGUACUGUAAUGACAUCACAUGAAUCCGCCACACUGGCAUGUACUGAUGACGUAUCAUGUAAUGAGACCAGACAGAUUAUAAUAGUAAACCAUGGCUAAACUUCACUUCCCUUACGAACCCACGCAUGACAGGUACGAACUGGAGGGCGUCGGGACGUCGUGCGCCCCAGACUGGCACAACCGUGACCCCAAUAAUGUGUCCUAUAUCCUGUGCUACUUCCUGCUGUGUUUCGCCGUGCCCUUCCUCAUCAUCGUAGCCUCUUACUCAAAACUCAUAUACACCUUAAGACAGGUAGGUCCACUCAAUGUGUAGUUUACAUGCCCGGCCCUAAAGGUGUGUCUGCUCAGACAGCGUCUGUGCCAGUCCUGUAGUGUGUAUCAUAAUUAGGGCCAAUCAGGAGUUUUUCCUGAUCUCGAGACCUGACCCGGAAAAAUUCAGCCUGGAGUUUGGAGUUGUUCCUGGUCAGGUUAUAUGGUCAGGAAAAAAUCCUAGCCCAAGACAUAUGCUCUGUAUGACCACAUAUUGUCUGUGUCAUGUAUUCGGCAAGUCUUCCAUACUGUACUAUCCAUAUUCCACUACUUGGCUGUGUUGUUGUUGUUGCAGGUCUCUACAAUGGGCUGUAUAGAAGGGGGUGCAGCAGCCAAGGCGGAGGCUAAGGUGGCCCGCAUGGUGGUUCUGAUGGUGGUUACUUUCCUGAUCAGCUGGCUGCCCUACGCUACCCUGGCCCUCGUGGUGGUCUCCCACCCUGAUGCCCACAUCAGCCCUCUGCUGGGCACCAUGCCAGUCUACCUGGCCAAGAGCAGCACCCUGUACAACCCUCUCAUCUACCUCUACAUGAACAAACAGGUAUACUUAUCAAUCUACCUCUACAUGAACAAACAGGUACAUUUAUAAAUCUACCUCUACACAAACAAACAGGUACACUUAUAAAUCUACCUCUACAUGAACAAACAGGUAUACUUAUCAAUCUACCUCUACAUGAACAAACAGGUAUACUUAUCAAUCUACCUCUACAUGAACAUCAGGUAUACUUAUAAAUCUACCUCUACAUGAACAAACAGGUACACUUAUAAAUCUACCUCUACAUGAACAAACAGGUAUACUUAUCAAUCUACCUCUACAUGAACAAACAGGUAUACUUAUAAAUCUACCUCUACAUUAACAAACAGGUACACUUAUAAAUCUACCUCUAUAUGAACAAACAGGUAUACUUAUCAAUCUACCUCUACAUGAACAAACAGGUAUACUUAUCAAUCUACCUCUACAUUAAAAAACAGGUACACAUAUAAAUCUACCUCUACAUGAACAAACAGGUACCCAUACAUACAGUACAUCUUCUAUUCAUCUACACUUGUGUAUAGAGGGGUUGGUUGUUUAGCAACAAAACCAACCCACAUUUUUGCCAUAUUAGCAUAGACCUGACAUCAGUCAAAACACCUCAAAACAAGACAUGGUAUCAAGAACAAGAUCAAACGAGCUGAAACGAGCCACUUACGAUUCCCCACAUGGCAGUUUCUUGUUAUUGUUGCUAGCUAUCUGGCCAUUCAGAACCAUAACAACACAUGUCCUUAUGCCCCUUUGAAGUGAGCGCAUCGUUUUCGUGACGUCAGCGAACCAGUCAAUAGAACACUUCGUUUGUAUAGAAAACAAGAUCAGAUAUAGGAAGCAAAAAAUUUUAAGGAUGAUAAUAAGCCUAUACAUGUGAUAGCAGAUAAAGUUAGACACUAAUCUGUAGAAUGACCACUGCAACGCGUUUACCACAAACCAGACACUCGUUAGCAGUCCAAAGACUCCAUCUAGUGGAGAAAAAUUAGAACGUCAUUUCAGUCACCAUUAGCUCAGGUCAUGCUGAUGUCCGGUGGUAGAACAUUGUCUCACUGCGACUUAAUCUCAUACAAUUUUGCGAUUGAUCAGCCGCUGUUUACCAUGCACAGUUGUUCUAAACAUUGUUAUAAACAUUGAAGCCAUUUGAUAUACAACAAAAUGCAUGUCACAGUAACAGUGUGUGAUGAUGGUGUUGUGUCUUGUCCAGUUCCGUAGAUAUGCAGUGCCCUUCCUGCUGUGUGGGAGGGACCCAUGGCCUUCUGAGGAGGAGGGGUCAGAGAUGCAGACCACUGUGGCAACCAUCAACAACAAAGUCUCCCCCAGUUGA